AUGUCGAUAGCUCAUAAAAUUGUAAUUAUUAUUAUUGCUCUCGCUUUUUUGGAUUAUAUAACAUCUGAUUGCAUAAAUGGAACAUCAAAGGGAUGUCCAGCUGGUACAAUAUGUUUUCUAAAUGUGUGCUAUCCAUCAGGAGGCGCUUGCUCUAACGGAGCUUGUGAUGCUGCAUUUAUAUGUGUAAAUGUCACAUGCUUAAAUAUUAAUGCACCUAUACCUUCGGCCACUACAACUGGAACAGUAACAACAACAACAGCUACAACAACAACAACAACAACAACAACAACAACAACGAGGGCAACAACAACAACAAUCGCAUGUGUGGAUCGUAAUGCAGCAGGUCGACCCAGUGAUUGCCCAAGAUUGAAAUAUUUAUGCGACAAUCCCUUAUAUUACAACUUAAUGACACAACAAUGCCCAUUUACGUGUAAUCGUUGUACGGGUAGCAAUUCUAACCCAGCAUCAGCAAAUCAAGCUUGUUUUGAUCGAACUGGAGCAGAUGGUACUUCAAAUUGCGCCUCUGUUGCAUAUUUAUGCCAAAAUGGCUUAUAUCGUGAACUUAUGAAGAAUCAAUGUCCAAAAACUUGCAAAUACUGUUAA